AUGACGCACCAGUUCCCCACGCUCUCCGAGGCGCAGAAGAGGGAGCUGCAUGAGACUGCUCUACGCAUAGUUUCUCCAGGGAAGGGCAUCCUGGCUGCAGACGAGUCUGUAGGCAGCAUGGCCAAGCGGCUGGCCCAGGUGGGAGUGGAGAACACGGAGCAGAACCGCCGACAGUACCGGCAGAUUCUCUUCAGUGCGGACGAUCGCAUCAGCAGCUGCAUCGGCGGAAUCAUCUUCUUCCACGAGACGCUGUACCAGCACUUUGACAACGGGGUCCCCUUCGUCAAGACGAUCCGGGACAGGGGGAUCCUGGUCGGUGUCAAGGUUGACAAGGGCGUCGUCCCCCUGGCAGGAACUUCUGGAGAAACCACCGCACAGGGACUGGAUGGUUUGUCGGAGCGCUGUGCCCAGUAUAAGAAGGACGGCGCCAUCUUUGCAAAGUGGCGCUGCGUGCUGAAGAUCAGUGACACCAAUCCAUCCAAACUGGCCAUCACCGAAAAUGCAAACGUUCUUGCACGCUACUCUAGCAUCUGCCAGCAGCAUGGUAUUGUGCCCGUCAUCGAGCCGGAGAUCCUGCCUGACGGAGAUCAUGACCUGAAGCGCUCCCAGUUCGUCACUGAGAAGGUCCUGGCUGCCGUGUACAAAGCCAUGUCGGACCACCACGUGUACCUGGAGGGCACCCUCCUCAAACCCAACAUGGUGACGCCUGGACACAGCUGUUCCACCAAGUACAGCCCGGAGGAGGUUGCUAUGGCGACACUGACCGCCCUGCGCCGCACCGUUCCCCCGGCGGUCACAGGAGUGGCUUUUCUCUCGGGCGGUCAGACGGAGGAGGAGGCGUCUGUCCACCUCAACGCCAUCAACAACUGCCCCCUGGCCAAACCCUGGAUCCUGACCUUCUCCUUUGGCCGAGCCCUGCAGGCGUCUGCCCUCCGAGCCUGGAGAGGCCACAAGGAGAACGAGAAGGCCGCCACUGAGCAGUUCAUCAAGAGAGCAGAGGUGAACAGCCUGGCAUGUCAGGGGAAGUACACCGGUGGAGAGAACUGUGGUGAAGAUCACCAGCUUAUUUAUGGAUCCUGUUAUGCAUACUGA